AUGGCCUCUCUUCCGCUCGCCACCGGAUCGCGCCGCUCGCAAGCCAGUUUCUACGAUGUUCUCCGCGUCAAGAAUAACGCCUCCUCCAUCGAGAUCAAGACCGCCUACCGGAGUCUAGCCAAGAUUUACCAUCCUGAUUCCGCGAGAAGAUCGGAGUGCGAUUCUUCUUCUUCUGAUGAUGAUUAUGGUAAUGGAUGCAGUUUCCUUGAGAUUCACAGUGCGUACGAGACACUUUCGGAUCUGGCAACUAGGGCUCAAUACGACCUCGCUUUGGCUUCUUUUACGAGACGAAAUGGUUUGAAUGUUCUUUGUAUUGGAGGAAUUUUUCGCAGUCUAGGCCGCACCGGCGAUGGGAAACGGAUCAGUGUUGGUAGGGAUUUGGUGUUGAUUUGUGAUGAUAUUGAUUUCUGUACAGAAAUGGUUUGA